AUGUUAAUAAAAAAUUUAAAACAUAAAAGAAAAGAAAUAGAGAUUAACAUCCAUCCAUUAUUUCAGUUCUUGUUCUCUCGCCGGAAAUCGCACGCGGCGGAGACGCUUCGAUCUCAAUUUUUUUUACAUCUCUUAAAUCUCUUUUCUCUCCACUUCUCUAAUCUGGAACUCGAUUUUGUAGGAAGUGAAGGAUUUCUCCUAGAUCUUGAAGGGGGUUUGGAAGCCCUAGCUCUUAGAUCGCGAUGUUUUGGUGAGAAUGAUGAGAGAUCUGGACUCCAGGACGUGAAAUUAGACUCUCUCAAGCUUGAAUGA